UAAAGUUACUGAAUACUAAGGAUAUUUGAUUAUCCAAUAUUUGAUCUGUUAUUAUCAAAUAACAGUCAGAAAUUUGAUGUAAUUGUACAGGUGGGCCUUAUUAUUCUUAUUAUUGACCUUUAUAUUCAUACUGAUUACUUUAUGCUGUUAUUUCACAAAGCUGCUUGUAUUUUAAAAUAAAAUGUUGACUCUUUUAACAGCCUUGCCUUAACCAAGUUACAGGUGAUAAUGAAUAAAAUGCAACCCAAUGAAUUUCAGUCAAACUUUUUGCAUUCUCAUGAUCAAGCAGUGCCAAGGCCACCACAUGAGCAACUUGAAGAGCAAAGAUUCCAGCUGAAGAAAAUUCUUGAAGAGCAUCGUCAAAGAGAAGCUAAUGAAGAAGAUGGAAUUUUUUCAUGCUUUAAUGGAAAUUUAAUAACUCCUUGUCAAAUUGUCAUCUCUCUAGAAACUCACAACUCUAAACUUGAAGCACCUACUGAAGAAAAUUCCCUUGGUCCUUCUUUUGAAACACUAGUGCCAGUACAACUGUCUAAUGUCAAUGCAGAAUCAGAUCAGUGUAAUGAACGGGUUGAGCCAGCAAUAUCCUGCUUCUCCCCAAAAAGUUGUACUCCCUCUCUGUUUCAACAGACACAAUUUGUUUCUUCCAAUAUACAGCAGGCUAAUUUAUGCUACAAUAGUGAAUAUGUGGCUCCAACAACAUCAAAUGCUCCUUGUUACAUUCUUCCUGGUCCUUGUGGAGCUUCAGUCAAUAAUGCUGCUGCAGAGUCAAAUAAACUUUCAAUCACUUUGUAUCAAAGUCACAUAGAUGAAGAUUCAUCUGCAUUGAAUGUUGAUCUCCCCAGCUUGAACUACAAUCAUUAUGACAACAAACUUUAUAGUCAUGCAAUUCCAGGAGAUUGUUCCAAACAUCCAUGUACGGGCAAUUUGGUUAACACUAAUGAUGCAAAAGUAAUCCAAACUCAAACUGUUACUCAAUCAGCUAACCUCUCUGUCAAAGCCUCAGACUUUGUUGCAUCUGGAAACUUGAAUGAUACAGAAAGGUUUUCUGCUGAAUCUACUUCUUUUUAUAUUCCUCCUAAUCAAUGUGAAGAAGCAGUGUUAACUGCUGACUCGGCUACAACCGGUGGAGUUGAUGUCCAGCAGCCUGCAUCAGAUGAAGAGCCUUACUCCAGUUUUGUUUCUAGUUCAACAUCUCAAAACUUUGACAAACCUGUUCAAAGCUUCAAUGAGAAAACAAAAGAAGAAAAUGUAAUUCUUAUCGGGCCAGAUUCUCUUGCUAUUCCUAUGAAGCAUUCUAAGAGAAAAAAAGUGAAAUCUGGAAUUAAAAAUAUGCUGGUGAAGAAACAGCUGAUGUUGAACUGUGAGUGGGCUGACUGUACAAGUACAUUCUAUGUCAGCAAAGAAUUUCAUGAACACAUAGAUUUUCACUUGAACAAUUUAGAUGAAGAUGAAGAAAUGGUGGAGUACCUGUGCCCUUGGCUUCUAUGUGGCAGCACAUGGCAUAAUUGUGAAAGUUUAAUCCGACACAUAUUAUUCCAUGCUUUCCACACUCAGCUGAAGGCUCAAGGAUUGCAGAUAAGGGAGUUGGAAUCCUUGCCUAACUGCUUCUUGGAUGCGGAGAGACGUAAUUUGGUUCCUCAAAUUCCUUGUAUGUUUGAAUGCCGCUUCAAUGACUGCAAGGAGCUUUUUCAAUCAGCUCAGAAGUUCUACCUACAUACUGCGUUCCAUUUUAAUAGUGCUUUAUGCAUUAAUAAGGACGGCAAAAGUUAUUUCAAAUGUGAAUGGAGAGAUUGCAAUGUGCUUCAUUCUCGCUUAUCCAAAUUGAAGGAACAUAGCCUGAGCCACACACAAGAAAAGGUUGUUGCCUGUCCAAAUUGCGGCUCCAUGUUUUCUUGCAAGGCACGGUUUCAUGAUCACCUACUGAAACAAAUCUCCCAUCAAGACAUGCGGUACCAGUGCUCGUGCUGUGGCAGGAAAUAUCCGACGGAGCGACUGCUGCGUGACCACGUCCGUCAACACAUCAACCACUACAAGUGUCCUCACUGCGAGAUGACGUGCGCCUCACAAAGCAACCUCGACACGCACAUUCUCUACAGACACUCAUCUCGCAAGCCACAUCCAUGUGCCCACUGCAAUAAAGCAUUCAAGCAACUUGAAGAUCUGGAGCGUCAUCUCAUUUCGCACACUGAAAACAAGCUUUUUAAAUGUGACUAUCCUGACUGCGAUUACUGUUGCAAGUGCUCUGCCACCCUCGAUCUGCACAUCAAAAAAAAACACCUGCAAAUCAAGGUGGUUUAUGCCUGUCAUCUUUGCCCGUGCGAACGUACGCGUGGCAGUGCCUUGUCUCAACACCUCAUGAAAGUCCACAGCCUCUCUUGGCCCACUGGACAUUCGAAAUUUUUUUAUCGGUGUGACAGCGAAGGAAAGUUUCGUCUCCAAACUGUCCGUUUUGAAAGUCUAGAAUUAGAGGAAGGAAUGGACAGGUAUGUAGAGCUAGAGGAAGGAACGGAUAGGAAUGCUGCUGACAGGGCGAGUUCUAACGAACCUUAUCUGCCUAACCAAAGUCCACACGACCAUAAUGAAAGUCAGAUGGCCGAAUCCAGCAGCAAGAAGAGCCCUGCUAAAGCAAAUCCAAAUAAGAAAUGGUCUACUAAGAUGAAGCCUGCGAGAACUUCGAAUAAAACUAAGCCUAAAAAGAGAAAAUGUGAAGUAACUAAAAGUAAAGUUAAGGAUGAAGGAGCAAAAAACGUUUCCAAAAGUAAAAGUUCAUCAAGUUUGAUUAAAAAACUACGUCAAAGUAGAAUUAGUCCGAAGGCAAGAGCUGCAAGUAAGGUUGAGAAAGCUUCAUCACUUAAAGUUGCAGAUACUCGUCGAACUAACGCGAAGUCAAGCCCUAGCAACACGACUACAAAUCGUUGCAGGAAGAGAAAGGCUGACGAAGAUCCAAACUCAGUAAUGAGGGUUAAAAAAUCUCGCAAAAAAGGUCUAAGGGGGAGCAUUUCCAUCGACAGUCCACCUCAUGCUUCCAUGUAAUCUUCGAUCGACUAGACUUAUUGUGAAGAACAAUGUAUCGAUCUUUGCUGUAAUAGGGGCUGCUUAACCCUCUACCGCCUUAUGCCUCUCUCCGGGAACAUACAUGUAACUUUCAAUUUGAAUUAUACGUAAACUAUUGAGUAUAGUAUUCUGAGAACAUUUGUACGCAAAAAAAAAAAUACUUUAAAGUUGUACGUGGCGGCAACCAU